AUGGACGACAAAAACUCUCCUCCACUCGUACACGGCGAUCCCGCCCGCGUCUUGGGCGUCACCGAACUCCUCGAGAAUGUGCUCUGCAACCUAAGCCCGGGAGACAUCCUCAAGAGCGCUCAAGCGGUCUCCAAGUUCUGGAGAGAUUGUGUGCAGGGAUCAACUGCAGUUAAGAAGAAGUGCUUCUUGGUUGCCGACAACAUGAGCGAAGAGAAGACAGACCACCGACUGUUCCUGGGGGCGGGCCUUCCCGACUUGGGCAAACCUCUAGUUGCAGACUGGAGUCGAUCGCGACAUACUAGGAGUAUCAGCCACAUGACAGUGGUGACACCGGCUACUCUUCGCGCCUUCUUCGCAGACAACCCAAUGUCUCGUCGCGGUCAAUACAAACAGGCUAUCCAAGAUUACUUCGAGAGGCUGGACAACGACGAAGAGUUGAUGCGCUUGACGACUAACAUGGGCCGUGAAGAGCGCAUGUACGAUGGCAGCGAUUACGACUCGCGUCCCUACGAGUCUCUACUUGACAUGUCACGUGCGAAUCCGCUACUUCGCCGAUCGUGGAAAGGAAAAGGCUCAGUUGUCUUCACCGGCUACGGAAAACACCUCAUCUUCGCUCUUGGCGACAACUACCCUGAGGCCUGCGACUACUUCACACAUAUUCGAACAUUCCUCGAGACUGUCGUCCAUACUAGGAGCGCCGACCAGUCGAAACAAACCUGGAACACUGUCCAAAUCUGCUCACCUGCCGUCACCAAGCUCACUGUUGCUAUCUGGUUACCUGGAGGCCCGGACAUGGCUCAAAGCUUUCUCAAUUCGUCCGGUGUCACAAUGCUCGACUUUGCACAUAUGUUCAUCAUAGCGGUACGAAUGGCUCUACAAAGCUACGAUUCAGUUGAUGUGGAGCACUGGCUUGGCAACAUCCAUCGACACAAGCGAGGUGGCGCAACUUGGAAGAGGUCGAUGCGAUUAUACAAGAAGGAGAGGGACCUCAUCGAGAAGUUGGUGGAUCAACUGGAGAAAGGCAGAUGGUAUCCCUGA